AUGGUACAGCUUUCAGCAUUAAUCCAUGGGAAAACUUUUUUCACCAGGAAAAUGGGCCCCCUCCAGCGCCAACUGCGCCAGGGGGAAUACGGAAUGUUCCAGUUUUCCCCCAUGUUUGAAAGUGACUUUAUCCAGAUCAGCAAACAAGGUGGCCCAGUUGAGAUUCACAACCAGGAGCAUAUUGUGACUCUUGGCAUUACCUCUACAAGCCCCGUCCUGCUGAUCCCAAACGUGCUGCUCCUGGCAAGGCCCAUUGCCCCAUCUGAAGAGCACACUACAAAGGCGAAAGGCAUCUUCCACCGUCACCCACCACCAAGAUAUGAGCUAACCAGGUUAUUCCCUUUGCGUUACGUCAAGAUCAGCAUCCACAAUGCAGAGAAAAAGCAGUUGCGGUUCAAGCUGGUGAGUGGCCGCACCUUCUAUCUCCAGCUGUGUGAGUCAGACAAGCGAGGUGAUCUCUUUGAUGCCUGGGUCAGGAUUGUCCAAAUGCUGCGGCCGCCCUCCGAAGAAAACCUCGAUGAACAUCCGAAGAAGAAGAAAGGGAAGAAGCCUAAAAGCCCGAAACACAGUUCGUCAGCUCCAUCACUGCCUCUCAAAGGCAAAGUGAAGAACGCUCUCAAGAGCUCAUCUCCUAAACAUGCAUCUUCAGGAAAGCGCAAUUGGAAUAUUCAUACUGCCACCAAAAUGGCCAGUGCCCAGGAAUUUGAGACCAAGAAAACAUGUGAGCCGAUCAUAUCUUCAGACAGCUCGGGCAGCCUCCAGCCUUUAACACCAGCAGUGCCUUCCAGAUCAGAAAACACACUCACAAAGGAUCCUCAACUGCCUCUAGAGGCCCAGGAGCUGGCUGAGAAGUCAGAAAAGGAGGACGCUGAAUUGAGCCCCAACCAGAAGAGCGAGAAAAGUGGCUCCCAGACUAAGAGGAAGCCGAGCAAAAUUGUCUCCCUCAUCAGAUCCUGCUCCUGGGGAAGCACAAGGAAGGACAAACGGAGUUCAAGGGCCCGGGCCAGAGCAAGGAAACGCAGGGGGGAGUGA